AUGCCUCUGGUAUCCCCGGAGGAGAAGCCCAACCCGCUGCAGGACGCGAACUUCUGCUCCAGGCUGUUCUCCUGUUAUCAGAGGCUUUCUACUGGGGACCACAUGGGAUUACUGGAGAGCGCUGUGGCGGUGGUGGCUGCUCUUUGUUUGGAAGGACUCGUCCUGUUCAGAGCAACACUGACCCUCUCAGCAUCCCAGGGAGGUGGCUUGUUUAAAAUUGGUUACAAACGAAAAUUAAAGCAAGAUGACAUGUACUCGGUGCUUCUGGAAGAUCGCUCCCAGCGCCUUGAAGAAGAGCUGCAAGGGUACUGGGAUCGAGAAUUUUUGAGAGCCAAGAAAGAUGCACGGGAGCCUUCUUUAAUGAGAGCAAUCAUCAAGUGUUACUGGAAAUUCUAUUUCGUUUUGGGACUACUUACAUUUCUUGAGGAAGCUGAGCAGUGGCUGCUGGUGGCAGAGAUACUGUGGGCUGAGAGCAACCACUGA